UUGCAAAUUGCAUAAUAGUACUCCGUACUAUAGAAAAACAGGAAUUAAGAAUCAGAAACGAAUAUUUCAAUUAUGGCCCAUCACCAGGCUAGCAUCUUAUCCCAUUUCGACCCAUAAGCUGAAGAGAGAGAGAGAGAGAGAGAGAGAGAGAGAGGGGGGGAUGUCUAUAUUGGCGCCAAACCCUCACAUUUUGUACAGAGAAACACCUCAGAGGGACCAACAACAUACAUCUUGGAACGGGGCGAUUUGUGCUGUUGUGUUGAAAUCAUAUUGGGUCGGUUUCGAUCGCAGGAAAUACGAUGGGAAGAAGAUUGAAAAGAGAAAUUUCAGAGUGGAUGCCUUCUGGCCAGAUUCGCCAAGACCCACUUCAGUAGAGUUGGAACCCAUUCUGGAUUGUGAUCAGCUGGAUCAGAUACUACUCACUUCACAGCAACUCUCCCAACCCAUCAUCAUUGACUGGAUGGCUGCUUGGUGCCGCAAGUGCAUAUACUUGAAGCCUAAAUUGGAGAAAAUGGCAGCUGAAUAUGAUACACAAAUCAAAUUCUAUUGUGUGGAUGUCAACAAAGUGCCGCAGGCGCUGGUUAAACGAGGAAAUGUCUCUAAAAUGCCAACAAUCCAGCUAUGGAAAGAUGGAGAGAUGAAAGCAGAAGUCAUUGGAGGGCAUAAAGCAUGGCUUGUCUUGGAUGAAGUGAGAGAAAUGAUUCAGAAGUUCAGAUGAAGCUUUCUUUUCUUUUUUCGCUCUCCAUCUUCCCCCUCUCGUUCCAUGUUUGCAUUACAACAUAUACAUCAAAUGCAAGAACCAUGUUUGUACAGCAAGAACCUCAAUCUGCCUCGGAGUAACCUGGAAGUUUUUCUGAGGAAUGAGAAUGAUAAUCUUGUGGACGCCAUAAGUUUGGAGAGUUGAGAUCUUAUGGCGUUUUUACAUUGGAAACUCAUGCUGACGUACAUCUUGCGAUUUGCAUUUUGAGUCGCACAUUUUCACACAGAGUACUCACUCGUAGUGCAAAAAGGAUAAACUCUUUUAUUGAUAACUCAAGUGUUUGGAUCA